UUAAAACAUAACGUUUCUAAGUGUUUCUAUCCGUUGUUUUUUAACAAAUAAUAUUGAGACGUUUUAGAAUAGGUAAAGUAAGCUUCGUAUGUACGUUUGGAAUAAUAUUUUCGCUUCUCGAAGUUUGAUCGUUAAUUGAGUGCAUCAUUCGCAGUACGAACCACUCCAUGCAUUAUUUUCUUGUCUCAAAGCAAUGUUAAUUCUAUAUGUUCUUUUGAGUUGGGACAAAAUAUUGAGAGAUAUACUUUUGGCAAAACUGCAAAACAUCCAUUGAUUAGAUUGUUAUAAUUCUUUACGGCCAGUGUAAUAAAUAUACUCCUAUCUUCUGACUGAUAAUUAAAUAUGAGUGUGAAAGUGGACAUUCAAUCUUCUAAUUUCUGUCGUAUUAAUGAUGAAAGUGAUCAACAUGAACAACUUAUACCAGAAGAUACAAUUUCAACUGUGUACAACGAACAACCAAAUGUCAAGUUAGAUGAUAAUGAAAAACUAGCAAAUGAUUCAAAUGAUAGUUUACAUGAAGUUUUAGAUGAUUUAAACAAAUUCAAUGAUGAAUUAAAGAAACCAUUCAAUGAUUCAUUCUCAGUUGAUUUAUCUAAUUUACCAUAUCCUCCUGGUUAUUCUAUUAUAAAACAAAAUGAUUCAAUGAUAAAUUGUGAAAAUCAAUAUAAGGAGUUAAAUGAAAUUGAACAGGAAAAUUCAAAGGAACCAAGAAUGACAAAAAAAUUUUUAAAACAACAUUGUGCAAAGAAUAAAUUAUAUCAAACACCACAAUUAAACGAUAUACUUUAUCUACAUUAUAAUGGAUUUUCCAAAAUUGAAAAUCUUGAAGAAUAUACAAAUUUAAAAUGUUUAUUCUUAGAAGUCAAUGGUCUAUUGAAAAUAGAUGGAUUACAUAAUCAAACUGAAUUACGUUCAUUAUAUUUAGCCAAAAAUUUAAUACGUUCUAUUGAAAAUUUAGAUCAUAUGAAAUAUUUAGAUACAUUAGAUGUUAGCUAUAAUAUGAUUAGUAAAAUUGAAAAUCUUGAUUUACUGCCAAAUUUUACAAAAUUAAUUAUAUCCCAUAAUAAAUUAACCGAAAUUAAUGAUUUAAUUCAUUUAAUUAAAUGUGAACAAUUAUCUGUACUUGAUAUACAAUAUAAUUUUAUAAAAGAUCCUAAUGUUGUUGAAGAAGUAUUUGCUAAAUUACCAAAUUUAAGAGUUUUAUACAAUCAAGGAAAUCCAUUUAUUCGAGAAGUGAAGAAUUAUCGUAAGAAUAUUAUUAAUCAAUGUAAAAAUCUCACUUAUCUAGAUGAUCGUCCAGUUUUUCCAAUGGAUAGAGCAUGCGCUGAAGCAUUUUACUCGGGCGGAAUUGAAAAAGAACGUGAAAUUAGACAACAAUGGAUUGAUGCAGAACAAAAAAAGAUUUUGGAUAGUGUUAAAUGGUUAUCCAAUAAGCGUCAAGUCAUUGAAGCAACACAUCAUAAGACUGAAUUAAAUAAACAAGCUGAAGGAGCUGAUUUAUCAACUGACGACAUACAUGUUACACCAGGUGAUGUUGACUGGUUAUAUGGAAAUGUAGAUAGUGCAAAAAAUGAAAGUGAUUCAGAUCAAGAACUUGAAGAAACAAAUAAUGAUGUAGAAACCUAUACUGUAUCUUCAUCAAAUGCAAGAGAUGAAGAACUUGAUACUAUGACAGAUUGUGAACCAUUGAACACCCAAAUAUCUGAAGAAUUCUAUUCAUCAGAGAUGGUUAACUUAAAAGCUGAUAACACAGAGUUGAAUAGUUCACUGAAAAAGAAUGACGAAGAGUUAUUUUUUGAUAAUAAUACUGUUAUAAGUGAACAGAAGAACAAUUCUAAUGAAGAUGAAAUUGAAUCCAUUUCAGUGAAUGAAGAAAUAUCUUUAGUCAAAGUUAACGAAAAUAUUAAUAAUUCAAUAUUCAGUCAUUUAAAUAAUGAUAAUAAUGUCAGUGAUCAUAAUGGUAUGAAUAGAAGCAAUUUAUUAUCAUUCUUAAAUAUUACAGGUAAUUGUAAUGAUGAUGAAGUGUCUGAUCAAGAGAUUGAAAAUGAUUGCACAGAAAGUAAUGAACUAGAUGAUUUAACUGUUAAAACAAGAAAUAUGAAAACGUUUAAGAAUUUUAUAACAACAAUUGAUUAUAGUGAUCAACUUGAUGAAACUAUCGUAUUAAGUGACGAAACACCUAAAGAAAAUCCAUCUCAUAUUCCAAAAUCUGCAUUCAUUGAAGAAUUAUGUAAUGAAGCUUAUAAUCCAAAUAAUACAUUUUGUAUGAAUACAGCAUUAGAUAAACAAGAAAACUUUAUGAAUUUCGAUAAAACAAAUGAUCAAAAUGUUAUUGAAAUAUAUGAAGAACAGGAUAAUACAAACGAAUUAUAAACAGGGAUGUGAAUAAUAAUGUUUGCUCAACAUUCUAUUAUGCCAUAAUGAUGAUGACGAUGAUACUGAUGAGAAAAUCAACCGGUGUUGAUAAUACAGUUAUGAUAUUCUGAUUAAAUUAUCAAGAACGAUGUUAAAUCAAUUAUUUAUGUAAUAAAAUUAAUUCACUG